AUGGCCUUAAAUCCACUUCACAAUUCACGCAAGGGGUUUACCAUAGACCCUGCUAAGUCCUUCAAGCCCCAUGACAAAACCAGCAAGCAUCUACUCAUCGUCACCUUCUUCUCCCUCCUCCUCCUCAUUGGCACCGUCGCUGGAAUCCCCGUUCACAAACGCAACUCUGGCAACGGCGUCCCUUCGAGCUCCGUCUCCCCAUCAGAGUCGAUUAAGGCGGUGUGCAAAGAGACCCCGUAUCCCGACGCAUGCUUCUCCAGCAUCUCCGCCCUCGGCCCCCCAAACAACAUCAACCCCAAAGUUAUCUUCAAGCUCUCCCUGCAAGUCGCCGUCGCCGAGCUCUCCAAGCUCACGUCCCUCCCAGACCGCCUCGCAGCAAAGUCCACCGACCCCCGGACCCGCAAGGCACUCACCGUCUGCAAGACCGUGCUGGAGGAUGCUGUUGUCUACGUGAACGACUCGAUUUCGUCGACAGAGGCGGGGAAGUCCGGCGAGAUCCUAUCGGCGGCUAAUAGCGAGGACGUCUGGACGUGGCUGAGCGCUGCCAGCGAGAAUCACGAGACCUGCCUGGACGCCCUCCGCGAAAUUAAGUCGUCGCUGGUGGAUGACGCCGCGGCGGCGAUGCGGAACUCGUCGGAGUGCACGAGCAACAGCUUGGCCAUUGUGACGAAUAUCUCUGGCACCGGGGAGGAUUUUGUUAAAGUUUGA